AUGGCUUCGAGAACACCUCAAGACUACUGUGCCUCCUGGACUGAUGACGACGCUCCGCUCGCGACAACCACGCACCGUGAUGGAAUCGAUCUGUCCCGAAAGUCCGCCGCGCGACUUCCUCGGCUCGCGACCAAGGCCUUGCAGCGGUGGUUUGCGGCGCACUCAUCCCACCCUUAUCCGACAGAACAAGAGAAGAAGAUGUUGCACGAGCAGACGAAUCUCAGUGCUCGUCAGAUAUCCAACUGGUUUGCCAACGCGCGCCGUCGGCGUCCUGCGAGCCCGAUCGACAAGCCUGGGAUGCCGUGUGCCGGGUCCAUGUCUGUCCCCAAUCUGGCGAGCACGGCAAAGUGGCAACACAUGAAUCCCAUGGAUCGCUGGCGUAACUCUCCCCCGGACCAGGAACCUGCACCGCUGGACGCCAUCGCAGCCGCAGUUCGUGAUUCACACGACUUCGAGGACAUGGGCCCCCCGAUGCGACCUGAUCGAUUUAAGGACCCCGGUGGUCCUCGCGCGUAUUCGGAUAUGUCGUUCGAAUCUACAAGCUCUGUGGGGACCAGUCAAUCGUCACACUCUACAGGGAGUGCCUAUUCAUUCGUGUCCGGCGGCUCCAUUUCGAAUUUGGGCCACUCCUGGCACCUUUCACGUCGACGCCGACGUCGUCCUCUCAAGCAGAUUCCACGACCGUCAAUGAACCCCCAAAAUGAUUGCAACGCACGACGGUUUCAGUGUACAUUUUGCACUGACACAUUCAAGUCAAAAUAUGACUGGACACGACAUGAAAGCACCUUGCACCUCCUCCUGGAGAAAUGGGUUUGCUGUGCUCAAGGCCCGAUCUCCUUUGACCAAUUUCCGCGUUGUGCUUUCUGCGAAUCCCCCAAUCCCACCACCUCCCAUCUCCAAUCACAUAAUUACGAUGAGUGUGCAGCGAAGCCUCCAGCUCUACGAAUUUUUGGCCGGAAAGACCACCUGCGGCAACACCUCCGUCUGGUCCAUGGAGUUGAGCGUAUGACCGAUUCCAUGGCCGCAUGGAAAAGCAAGAUUACUUCGGUGAAUUGCCGGUGUGGUUUCUGUGAGGAGCGAUUUGUCAGGUGGUCUGACCGCAACGACCACAUUGCAGAGCAUUUCCGGGAGGGUGCGUCGAUGAAAGAAUGGAAAGGCUGUCGCGGGUUAGAUCCGGAGAUAGCCUUGCUGGUCGAGAAUGCCAUGCCACCAUAUUUAAUUGGCAGCGAGAGGAAUGAGUUCGAGCCAUUCAGCGCCUCACGCAACGUCGACAGGGUGACAGGCUCUGAUCCAUGUGUGCGGAGACCUCCGACAAGCUUCGAGUCGCUGACUACACGCCUUGGCGACUAUGUCUUGCGAGCCAUGAGAGACAACGUCGUCGUCACUGACGAGACCGUCCGAAGACAGGCACGAAUCAUCAUGUUCGGUGACAGCGACGCUUGGAACCAAACGCCAGCCGACAAUGCCGAAUGGCUGCGACUGUUCAAAGAAGGAGUCCGUCUGCAAUCGGCCACCAUCCCGCCCUCCACGCAAUUUGACCAAAGCACUCGGCUCCCUUCACAACCCGCUAGGGUGUUGCAGGAGCCUGCCCUUGGCGUUGCAGAUCCAUUAAUACCAGGCCCCCUUGAUUGUGCAUUUCCACUUGCAGAGGCCUCGCCGCCUUUCAGAGGGGCCGACAACAGCAAUGAUUGGUUCUCAGCAUAUGAGGUCAACGAAGAACUGGGUUUUACCAACCUACCUUUGGGCUGGCAGACACCCGAGUGUUUGGCUGAGUUCAGCCAGAUGUUCCCCAUGAAUCUUUGUACGGGGAACACCAGUAAUUGUUCACCCAGUGUAUUUUGGCCCGGAAUACAACCAUCAGAUACCCUAGGUGUUUUGAUUCCCACUUCAACACAUCCUAUUGACCCUGGGACGCAAGAUCCCCCCCUUUCGAACACGGGUGCCCGUGGCUCUGGAUUGUCCAAAUGCACCGGCUUGGAUGGGCUGGCCUUCCCUUCUGAUUUGAACCGGUCUGAGAAACCUAAGCGAUCGACGCACGUUUGA